GCUGCUCGGUUGGGGACGUGUUUUGUGACGGCUUUUUCUAUGCAUGGUGCAGAAAAAAUGAAUUCUACGAUGAGUGAGGAGCCUGAUGCGCUCUCUGUGGUUAACCAACUGCGAGACCUAGCAGCUGACCCCCUGAACAGAAGGGCCAUUGUUCAGGAUCAAGGAUGCCUGCCAGGACUGAUUCUCUUUUUGGACCAUCCCAACCCUCAGGUUGUUCAUUCAGCUUUACUAGCUCUCCGCUACUUGGCCGAGUGCCGUGCCAACAGAGAGAAGAUGAAAAGUGAACUGGGGAUGAUGCUCAGCUUACAGAAUGUAAUCCAAAAGACCACUACACCAGGAGAGACUAAACUUCUAGCUUCUGAAGUCUACGAUAUCCUCCAGUCCUCCAACCUGUCUGACACGGACAGUGUGAACGAGCUGAACUACCGGCGGCGGAAAGCCCAGUUCUUCCUGGGCAGCACCAACAAGCGCGCCAAGACCGUGGUGCUGCACAUCGACGGCCUGGACGACUCGUCUCGAAGGAAUCUCUGUGAAGAAGCCUUGCUGAAAAUCAAAGGUGUUAUCAGUUUUACCUUUCAAAUGGCUGUCCAGAGGUGUGUGGUCCGAAUUCGCUCAGACCUAAAGGCAGAGGCCCUGGCCACGGCCAUAGCAUCCACCAAAGUCAUGAAGGCUCAGCAAGUGGUGAAGAGUGAGAGCGGGGAGGAGAUGCUGGUCCCGUUCCAAGACACCCCUGUGGAAGUGGAGCAGAACACAGACCUCCCGGAGUACCUACCUGAAGAUGAAAGCCCCACGAAGGAGCAGGACAAAGCAGUGUCCCGCGUUGGGUCCCACCCAGAGGGUGCAGCCAGCUGGCUCAGCACAGCAGCAAACUUCCUGUCAAGAUCUUUCUACUGGUGACGUGGGUUUGGUGUUCAGAGACUGUGUGGCUGAACCGAGAGGGGGCCAGUUUGCCAUGGCUGUGGUGGAACUGCCAAGUGCAAUUUGCAAUAACCCAUCCCAGGAGUUUUAGAUUAAGCAAAUAUAUGCUGCAAUUUGAUAUUUUAUUGGACAUUUAGCCUGAUGGGACAGGGGUCAGAGGACAGAGGCCUCCAAGCAAAUCUCUUUCAGUUGUUGUUCCUGUAAGGUUUUAUUGCUUCACUUCUCAAAACUGGGUCCACUCUUCCAUACCAAAUGUCCAUAGAGCUUUAAGUUUGGCUUCACAUGGAACACCCCUUAGGGAGAGGCUGCUUAGCUCAAGUCUCAGGGCCUCUGUGAAAGAAAAUUCUGGAGACCUCUAGUUGCGUAUUAAACAAAAUCUCCUUUUUAUUUCCACAUCCCUUUGGGACUAACCUUACUUUGUUUCAUUUUAUAGAUUUUUGACUCCAGAGAAAAAAAUGCAGUCUGCCUCUUUCUGCUUUUAUUUCCUUUAGUUUUUGCUCACUGCCUGAGCAUCACCUUCCCCUCUUUGCUAUUCAACUGAAAUCACUACAGACUUGAACCUUAGAACCCUUCUCUCUGUACUGAAUUCUUUUCCAGCCUACCCUUAGCCAUUGGAGUGCUUAAGAUUAAGGAGUAAGGGAUUGCCUGGACACAGCUGUGUGUACAGAUGUUGUACAGUGAAUAAACCAGCACAUGUUUGUAAGGAUGGGUGUGAGUGACUGCUAGAUGUGUAACCAACCAAUACCACUGACUGCUCUCUUGCUAGCUGGGGAGACUGGAGCUGGAAAAGCUGUGGUGCUGAUGACCCAGUGCAGCUCUGUCUGCAGAGAAGAGAGGGGUGGAGGCUGUGUUUGGGUAAGAAAUGGUGUUUGCUGUUAGCAGAUGGGUAAUGGUAACUGAAACUUGAAGAAGAAAGCAGAGCUGAAUGCCUCUAUUGCCACAGUGCCACACAGAGAUUGUGACUGUAACCCUUUCUACUUUGUUUUAUUUUUUUCCCUAACAAAUCUACUUGUAAAUUACUGUUCCUGAUGAGACUCCAUGGAGUGUGCAUCAUCUUGGACAGGCUUCAAAAAUAUCUGCAAACCAUUGGCUUUACCUUUACAGCCUAGGUGUGAAGAUCUCUUUGGUGAUUUCUGUGAGCAGAAGUGAUAAGGAAAGCAAAAUUUCUGUUGCUAGAGAGUAACAAACAUCUGUGAGCUGGUAGUGAGCACUGGGUGUGUGCCUGAGAGCAUUCAGUGCACAGGGCUUGAAAACUGCAGUGCUACUGCUUAGCUGCACCAGAGAAAUGCAGCUAAGAGCUCUAAAUGAUGUCAGUCUCUAAGUAAUGUUGUUAGCAACCUCUAAAUCAUGGUAUCAAGCCCAUCAUACAAUGCUUUUGUGUGGUGUUUGUGAUAAUAUUCAUUGUUUACCACUUGGAGACUCAGAGAAUGCAUUGAAGUUUAUUCCUCUCUGCCCUUGCACGAGGAAUAACAGCAACUAAAAAGCACAGAGUGUUGUAGUAGUGCUGAGGAGAUGGUGAUGUCAAAGAAUAAUGCUGGCCAGAGUUCACCCCACCCCCAGGUGUCAUUUUAGGAUCAAAACAGGAACAAAAGCUUGCUGGCAGAUGAGCUGUCUCCUGGUUUUUUCUCUCUCUGGUUUCUUUUUGAUCCAGGUUUACACGCACAGAUUGCAAAUACAGGCUUCCCAGGGCAUGUAUUGCUUUAGAUGUGUGCUGCUGCUCAUCCUGCUGUCUCCAGUGUACCAAAUGUGUGUUGAGAAGUCCUCUGGAUACAGAGCUUCCUUGGUCUGCAGUCACAUUGUUUGCAUUUGCAUUGCUGCACAAGGAUUUGGGGCAAGACUGCAGCCUGUGGGUGUCAGUGGUUGGAUCCCAGUAGGUGUGGCAGCCUGUCUGUGCAUUCGGUCCCUAGCUGUGCUUCUCUGACAGUGUUGCAGCUCUUGUAGAACAGUUUAAGGCAUCUGUACAAGUUUUUGAAAUAUAUUGUAAAAUA